ACGCACGUAGUACGGCGGUGCAACUCAGAGACGCUUUCUCCGAGUUUAAAUUUUUUGCAAUGAAUUUCGGAUGGAAGGAUGACACGAGGCUUUGGCCGAAGCUUCAACGGUCAGUGCUCUGCAAGGUGCAUUUUAAAGUGGUCAGUGUUGUGUGAGGCGUCAUUGAAAAUUGUUCGGCUGGGACAGUUCACCACAACAUUGGCCUGUCAUCACUGUGUUGUGCUACUUGGACAUCGAAAGGGCCUUGCCAGGUAGAGGUUAGCCAAGAAGCUAUCAGGACUACCCUCAACCAGUCCCCAGAACCACCUGGAGUGACUGUCCCAGAUAUGACUCAGGGGAAACCAGUAGUUCAGAUGCAGGCUGAUGCAAGCCACAAGGUGGUCCUUGACUAUGAUUACUUCGGUACUGGAGCCUCGAGGGAAGAGAGCACUGGACUGUCCUUGGAUCCACCACCAGACGUGACCCCGGACCAGGAGGGAGAGGAUGCUUCACUUCCGACAGCAAGUGCUGCGAUGAUGUCGCAAACGCGUCACGAUGUCCUCCGGGAUGCUCUCCAGGCACUCAUGAUAGAGCUGCAGAACUCUGACACUGCACUGGAAGCUGCUGAGUUUGGGAAUCUUGUCAAUGCCCUACUAAUGGAGGUGCCUCCAGGCCUACGGGACCAGUGUGAGCUGGCGAUCUUGCAAGUCGUGCACCUCUUUAAGGAACGGAAUAAUGUGCACAUUGUAACACAGGACGACCUUGAGUAAUCACUUCUUGCUUUGUUACGUAAGAGGUGCUGCUCUUCUCUGUAUCUGGCUCUCAAAUUUUUCUUUUUAAUUCUGACAUGAAUAUAAGUUUUUCCAAACCUC